AUGGAAUGUCUACCAUCACCCGAAGAUCGCCUCUUAUCACAACGUUAUCUCCUUCUAGGAGUAUUCGGAUCUGGCUUAGCAUUAUUUGGAGUUAUAGCAAAUGCUUUAUUAACAACAUUAUUUCUUACAAGAGCACAAUUCAGACAUUCGCCAUUCUUUUUCCUGGGAUUUGUUGCCAUGUUUGAUACUCUACUUGAUGCCACAUAUAUCUUACUUUUAAGCAUUCCAGUGACGGCGGAAUUUUAUAACCAUUUGCCAUUAUGGUUAGUAUGGCUUAACUAUAUGCCAUUGCUGCAUCUAUUUGGUCAGAUCUUUAAGAUGUCAUCUGUGUUCUGCCUAAUCAUGGCAAGCAUUGAGAGAUAUUGUAUGACAAAGCAUUGGACUUUUACGGGAUUUGAACGUCGUACACGCUGGAUGAUGCUUGUUGUUCUGAUCGGAUUGGCGAUUGUCAUCAAGAAUCUUACUUUCGAUGUGAUGAUCGAAGAACGACCUCAAUGUUGGGGAUUCCGAAGAUAUCGGAUCGGAACUCAACGAGCACGUUUUUAUCAUUUCGGGCUCAUUAACACGAUUGCCAUAUUUGUUCCGUUUCUCACGCUCAUUUUUUUGAAUGGAGGGAUUGUUUUGAUGCUCCGUCAUCAACAUGUUCAGCAACUUCGAUCAUUAAUAACUGAAUUUACAAUGGGACAUGACGUAAUGAAGAUGAGACGUCGAAAUCUACGUUCAGCUACCCGAACGCUCAUCGUCAUCAUCAGUGCCUAUCUUAUUUCAAAUUUAUUGUAUUUGAUAUUAACAAUAACGGAAUAUUUUGAUGCCGAUUUUCUUCAUGUCAGUCAUCCAGACUUUCAUCUGUUAGCCAAUGAUACAGCUUCCGUCCUUACCGUCAUUGGAAACGUCAUCAGAUGUCCUGCACAUUUUCUAUCAAAUUCUGAAAUCCGUCAACAAUUCUACCAGCUGCUUUGUCCUGAGGUUAAAGAGCCUAAAGUUGCCGCUCUAACACACGUCGCACUUGAUCCUGAACAGUUAUCAAGGCGACGUAGUGAACGUUUAGAUAAUCCAUGGAUAUCACUUCUUCUGACUGUGCACGAGAAAGAUGAUCCACAGUCUCCUCUGCUUUCACGAAAUUAUGCUAAGCGACACAGCACAAUAGCUGUUUGUUGA